UCCUCUUCGGGUUCCUUCACUUCCUCGUGUCAUGUCGCUCAUGAAGGACGGAACCCGAUCGGAGGACCUGUCGCAGGUCUCCCGACAGCAGCUGUAUGGAGAUUAUGUCCACUUCUACCUCCAGCCGCGUGCCGAGGUGGCCCCGUGCUGCGACCCGUCGCUGCUACACCAGGCGGCUCGGUAUCUGCGGGGGGGCCCGGAGCCCCCGGGGCCUUUCACCGUGUUCCCGUUCCACCGGGCCGUGGCGCACCACCGGGCAUGCAGCAGCGCGUACGGGAGGAAACAUCUGUGCGCCUUCAGCAGAGCCACCCAGCUGCUGGAAACCAUCGGUCUCAAUCUGUUCCUCCAGCCCUGGAAGAAAGAGAUCAGGACACUGAAGACGUUUACAGGUGCGUUUAUCUACGGUCUCGUGCCAGUUUUCAGCAGUUCUACCAUUCAGUCCGUUCUGGCUUCUAUAGGCUACGUGCCUCGUCCUGACACUCAACAAAGUGAAUACAGACUCAGAGAAGAUGCCAACCCAGACAGGGCCAUGCUGCUGGCCUUCGAACUGCUGCUGGCCAGGGUGGAAUGUGACCACCUGCUGGAGAUCUUGGAGAAGGAUCAGCUGGAACCACAGGAAUUUCUGAAGGUUCUCCAGGAGAGAAUGGGGCCUUCAAAACCGGAUGGACCUACUGAGAAGAAAGCAGGAAGGAGGGAUAACGAAGAGGAGGACCAGAAAAUGGAAGAGGUGCCUCUGAAUUUGGACUCCAGGCUUGCAGUGGAACCCCAGGCCGAGCCUCGAGGCUGCCCCCUCGUCGGCGUGGACCAGUCCAUAAUGGAGAUGCAGAUGACCUACCCUGACCUUGCCUUCAGGGGCCGUCCUCUGCUAACAGACAAACCGAAACGAACAAACCGCACCAGAAGAGACGUUCCCACCACCAGCACCAGUGACCCCAAUGGUGACAGUAAAGGUCCUGAGGUUCCCAAAAUAGAGCGUAUCAAAGGCACCCAUACAACUACACAGAGUAAAGACCACAGUAGAGCUGAUGAAGUUGAUGAUGACCAAUGCAGAGGCAGUGGUUGUAAUAUCUGCAACAGUGAUGGAAGCAGAGAGGAUGGGCAGCUCAGAGCUCUGCACAUCACACUGAGAGCUGCGUCUGAAGCAGAGCAGACGCUGAAACACGGAGAGCCAACAGCAGAGACACCCGCCUGGACUCCAGCAGACGUACAAAAUAAGAGAAAAGAAAAGUCUCCAGCUCUCAGCUCAACGGACAGGGUGCAGCGCAAAACAGAGCGUGUGCAGGACACCAAACAGGAAGUGGAGAGAAAACAAGAGAACAACAGGGACGAGGGACACACACCUGGAGAGAGGAGUGGGGCAGGAGAGGAGACCGUGUUGAUCGGGCCAGAACCAAGUCAUGCUGCAAGUAGAUCCCCCCAGUGUGACCCUGCAAUGGUGGAGGAGCAGAAGCAGCACACCGGGUGUCCCCACGUCCCCCCGGCCACCGGUACAGCAGGUAGCCAGAGCUUUGAGGGAGGGGACGGGGCCGAGCAGCAGGAAUCAAAGGACACUGUGAGAGAUGAGGAGCAGCUGACAAAGAGCUUUGUUAUGGUGGAGCUCCACAAGAAAUAACUGUCCCUCAUUGCUGAUUUACACGCAUAUGGACCAUGUCCACAACAGAACCAACAGCGCCAUGGUAGAGAUUUAAAGAUUGGAAUGCAGUCCUGAUGCUAUAUACACUAAGUGUAAGAUCUGCCCUGCACGGUUACCAAAGAAACAGAUACCAAUAGAAACAUGAAUCAACUGGAAUUAGCUGAUAUUCUAUUAAGUGGAAGAGGUUAUUUUUUAAACAUUUUUGUGUGGAAUAUAUUGUGUUAGAAAUGCUAGUGGAAACCGUUGAGAGGCAAACCUCAUACUCUACUAACGUAAAGCAGAUUAGUGGAGGUUCGGUAAGAAAUACACUUUUUGUAAUUUAACUUUAGCGGUUUCAUUUGUCU